AUGACAACCAUCAGCGACCUCCCCGAGGACGUGCUGGUGGAGCUGCUCUCGCUGCUGCCGGCCCGGGACUGUCGGCUGGUGUGCAGGCAGUGGCGGUACGUGGUGGAUCUGACCACCCUGUGGAAGCGCAAGUGCCAGCGCGAGGGGUUUUACCUUCAGAAUUUGGAUAGAAGCGUCUCCGACUGGAAGAUCUUCUAUAUGCUCUGCAACUUGAAGAGAAACUUAAUCAAAAACCCUUGUGCUGAAGAGAACUUCCAGUACUGGAAACUUGAUAAAAAUGAUGGAGAUAGAUGGAAGGUUGAGAAUCUGCCUGGACCUCAUGGAAAUGGGAUACCAGACCCGAAAGUACACAAAUACUUUGUCACUUCAUAUGGGCCAUGCUUGAAGUCUCAACUCAUUACCCUGCAGAAGGAAGGAUACUGGAAUCAGCUGAUGGAUGAGAAACGGCCUGAAAUUGUAGUCAAGGACUGGUAUGCUGCCAGAUUUGACUCUGGGUGUCGCUAUGAACUUACGGUGAGGCUGCUCUCGGAAGACUACAUUGUCCUUGAGGAGUUCUGCCCCGAGCCGGUGGUUAUAGAGCAGUGGAGUGAUGCCAUGUGGAGAGAGAUUUCUCACACCUUCCAGAAUUACCCACCUGGAGUUCGUUACAUCUGGUUUCAGCAUGGAGGCCAAGACACCCAGUUCUGGGCAGGAUGGUAUGGGAUCCGAGUGACAAACAGCAGCAUCACCAUUGGGCCCCUGACAUCGUUAUGAAGGCACAAUAUCAAUCUUUGCUUUUACCUCAGGACUGUAGCCAGGUGGUCUCAGGUGCACUUAUUUGUCUGUACUUUGGGUGAGUGUCCUG